AGCCAAAAUUUAACCGCUCUGCCUCCGGAAAAAAAAGGAAAAGCAUUUUCUUCUUUGCAGUUUUGAAAAACCGCUACCGUUAAGAAGUUAUGUUUACUGCUGAAAAGUGAGAGGGACUGGAAUUCUCGAACGACGGCAGGGGGUGUGCUGCAAUCCCAUGGUAGGGAAAGAUUGCCCGCAUUUGUAUACGCAUGUAUGCACUUACGAAUGCGCGUCGCACGGGCCCCACGUAGAGGAACUCUACCUUAGCUAAGUGGAGAAAAUUAUCCCAAGAGGGAGCGAAGGAGUACCCAGCCAUAGUAACACAGGACAACAGAUAGAGGCAUGUGCACCAGCUGUGCUUCAUUACUGGUGUAAUAGCCCCCCAACGAACUUCUUUCCCCUGGGUGUUUUUUCAUCCCCGUCCAUUAGACCUCCAGGAUGAAAGGGAGAAUCCCCAUACUCACCCACAACGCCCUGCUCAAAGUAACCAACUUCUGCUGCACAAGAGAGCGAAGGUACCCAUUCGGAUUCUUCGAAAAGGAGAGAAGCAUCACAACGAACAUCUCCGGGAAUAAAGAAGUCAGAAUUAAACAUGUGGAGGAGCUCAAAUUGAAAAGUUUAAAAAAAAACAAAACCGUUGCGAAGGAUGACACGAAUGAAGAUGUGUACAUUCUGAAUGGGAAAAUAUUAUAUGCACAAAAAGGUAGGAAAGAAAAAAAUGAUUUAAAAAUAAAAUACGGUUUGAAAAAAGCAAAGUAUUUGGACACGACGAGGAAUUUAUUUUAUUCCAAGCUGAGUGACAGCUUGGGGGAAAGUAACUCGAAGGACCUUCCCACUCGGGAGGCUACCUUUAGGGGUGUGGAGGGCGUAGCGGCACAGUUGGCAGCUGCUCCUGCGGGGGGGGCAACACGAGGUGAAUGCUAUAGCCCCUGCGCAGGGGUGGACGCGGCAAACGAGGGAAACGCGGCAACGGAGACAACUGAGGCAACCGCUUUUUCCGCGUUAACCGAGGCAACCGCUUUUUCCGCGUUAACCGAGGCCGCUCCGACCAGGGGUGACACCACGGAUGGUGCGCUCCAUGCAAGUAAAAAAAGGAUAAGCGGGGGAGUGAAGCAGCCCUCCGAGGAAGAAAGGGGGAAACGGAAAAAUGAAGACCCGAAUGAGGCUUGCGGUAAAUCGAGCCACUGUGCGAGUAGCCCCAAACUUAACGAUGAUAAGGGCAGCUGCGCAGGGGAUGCCAGCCCAGAAGGUGGCGGAGCGGGAGGUGGAGAACUACAUAGUGGUGAACCACAAAAUGGUGAACCACAAAAUGGUGGGUUACAAACUGACGGACCACAAACUGUCGAACCACAAACUGGCGGACCGCGAAGAGGCACCCCCCUAAAAGGCGACAUUUUCGAAAUUUUGGAGGAAAUUGCGCACGAACCGAGCAGGCGCGAAAUGAAGGCCUUCCUAAACUCGCUUCUACUGCAUAAAAAUAAAAAGUGUACAAACUUCCUGGGGAACUACAUCAGCCUAUACUUCUGCAACAUCCUCAGCGAAGAUUUGAAGGAUCUGAAGCAUUUCUAUUUCGAUGGAGUGACCCUCUGCGUUAACACCUUUUUCAGUGUGCUCAAAGAGUUGGAUGAAGAUCAGCUGUCCAAAAUGACAAACAUAUAUUUGAAGGAAUAUUUUUUAAAAAUUUUCAAAAUUUUAAAAGCGAAUAAUUUGAACUUACAUUUUGAGAAUUUAAAAAUAGAAAACAUGAGGUUGCUGUGCAUAUAUAACAUAUUAGGGUUAAUUAGGAAGGAGGGAAAAAGGACAAAAAAAGAAAAUAUAAAAAAAUUCCUCUAUCAAUAUAUUUGUGUGCAAAAUGAAGAUUUAGCUGUCCUGAAAAAUACCAACAAAAUGAAGUUCCUCUCAAAUAUAAUUAAAAAUGGAGUUACCACUCGCAUGCACAUGUUGGUCACUCUCUCGUAUGAUUUGUGUGCUUACGACACUGCUUCCUCCAACUGCCUUACCAAAAAUGAAUUUAAAAAUGUACACUUGGAAGUUAUCCUCGAGAAUCAGUUGGAAAAUCCUUUCUUCUCGUUGCAAUCCCCGGACUCGAUAGACCUCAAGUCGUCUGGAUGGUCCCUCGUUGAUGUGAAUCAAAUUUUGAACGGGAAUUUGCCAUACGAGUGA